GCGUCCGAGCUUUUGAAGAGAAGAUUAAGGCGCGAAUAAGUAUUAUAAACAUUUAUUAUGUAUUAAGAGACGUUUUAUUUCGUUGUAAACUGUUUUAGAACAGGAACUGGUUGGGACGUAUUGGUAAACCAGCUGUAUUAUCGAUACAAAUGCACAAAGUAGAUUGAACACGGUUAUUAAUGGAGCAUUUUAGAUCGAUUUCACCUCUCCAGCAUUUGGAUUUGAAUAAUUUUAACUCUCCUGAAGCUGAAGACAGCAGAUAUGUUCUGACAAGUCCACGUUCACUUGAAUCCUGUGCAAGAUUGGGAGUGAAACCUGUUGAUUUGUUGUUUAGAUCCCUCACAGACUUUAUUGAUGACAACCAGGACUCCUCUCUGGAGGAGGUGACUGCCUUAUAUGAGGAGUACGAGAAAGGAAGAAGAGAACGACUGCACCUGUGUCGAGAGGAGAGAGAGCGGAUCAUACAAGAGGGCUGGAAUAGAAAUUCAUCUGUAAAACCAUUCAGAACUCUGGAAACCGUCCUGGAGCAAACAGCUGAGAGUCAAAGCACAGAUUCCAAAGCCAAAUAUCCAAGUAAGACACACACAGAUGACCGUGUUCAUUCAAAGUCUGCAGUUUCGAUCUCCUCAUGCGGUCAGAAGUUUCCCUACAGCUUCAGUCUGGCCGAUCUCAGACGUUCCCCUGCGAUGGAGCGUCGGCUAAAGAGCCUCUCGCAGGAGAUCAGUCGCAAACUUAGCAUCACCGUCCCAGAAAAAGAUUGCAAGAUUGCUGCAUUGAUGCUGGCUAAGUAUGAAGAGGAGCAGUUUCGCUUACGCCAGAGCAUGUUUGAGGAGCAAAAUCGUGAGGAGGAGCAGAGGCGCGAGGAGGAGCAGCGAGCUCACAUGGAGCAAAAGCGACGGAAAGAACUUCUGCGACAUAUUUUCCGCUGGCAGGAGGACUUGGAGGAGCGGAGGAGGCUGCGAGAAAAAGAGGAGGCGAAGCUUGCGGAGCAGCGCAAGCGGGAGACACUUCGACACGAGGAGCGCUGGAGGAGGCUCGCCGAGGAGCAACAAGCUCGACGGAGGUUCAAGCUUGACGUGGCAAGCAGGGAUGCAAAAGAGCGUAAACGCUACCAGGAGAGGCUCCUGCGGGAGAAGGAGCGCGUUGAGGAGGCGCAGCGAGAGAAGGAGCUGCAGGAGGCACGGGAAAAAGAACACCACGCAAUGAGGAGCAAGCGAAUGCAGGAGAAGAGAGAAAGAAGAAGACUUAAGGAAGAAAACCAGAGGGAGCUACUCAAACACCUCCUCCUAAAAAAAGAAGUUGAGGAGCAGGAGCAUGAAGAGAAGGAGCUCAAGCGAAAAGAACUGGAGGAUAAGCUCCAACGCUCCAAAGAGAACCACGCACUGCUUCUAGAGGCACGGGUGCAGGAAAUGCGAUCACGUGCUGCGAAGGAGGAGGAGCAGAUUCGGAUGGCGCAACAGCGGGCGAGGAGGGAGCACAGGGAUUGGAUGGAGCAGAAGCAAAUGUCGGUGCAACGUUGCCAGCGGAGGAUGCAACAUGCAGCGCUGCAGGCGGAGGAGCAGCAGUGUCGCAGAGCUCAAAGCGUCAGGCGAGAAAACCAGGAGAAGAAGCUUAGCCAUCGCAGAUUACGAGAACGAGUACUGGAGGAGGAGAAGGAGCAGUGGGAGGAGAGACGCAAGGCAGUGGCGCAAAAGGAACAGCGCAGAGAGAAGCUGCAGAAAGAGAGGGCCGAAGCCCAGGAGAGGAGCCGGAAAGUGGCUCACGCCUCCUGCUACAUGCGGGAGAGAGUGAGGGAGCAGACGUCCCGUCGAACCUUCGACCAGAUGGCACGAGAAGCCGAGCUGACCGCUCAACUGGGCCACCUGAAACUAUGAAUAGUCUAGAAAUAAAAAAAAAAAAAAGUAUUUAUGGAGCCAAAUGAAACAACCAUAUAGCCAUUUAAAUGCAAAUACAGCUUGCAUCAGACGUUUUAGACCAGGGGUGCCCAACCCUGUUCCUGGAUAUUGACUUUCCUGCAGAGUUUAGUUCCAACCCUAAUCAAACACACCUGUCUGUAAUUAUCAAGUGCUCCUUGAGAUCCUAAUUAGUUGGUUCAGGUGUAUUUGGUCAGGGUUGGAGCUGAACUCUGCAGGAAAGUCGAUCUCCAGGACCAGGGUUGAGCACUCCUGUUUUAGACAAAGGAGAACCAGUUUUAUGUAUUUUACAGUGCUGUUAAAUGUAUUUUUCAAGCCAAAGACAAUUAAUAAGCUUGUAGAGUACAACAAAAACAGGCCAAGUAUUUAUUAAAUAUGUAUUAUUUAUUGACUUUUAU